UUUCUCUACCACUCAUGCUUGCACCCGCAGAAGGAGAAUACUGCAACAAUGCCCAUGCAAAGGACACAGCUUGCGCGCACCGAGACAUGUUCCAGCCUAGUGCAGUUAUCUGAUCGAAGUCUGAUUCUAUGCAUCGAGUCCGUUAACCCCUACUUAUGGCUCCCCCUGUCAGCCUCCAAGACCUUUGGGAAAGCUUUCGACUUAGAGUGGAACGAGGACGCACAAAUGUAUCUGGCGAAUUCGUCUGCAUGAGACCAGCUUCUGCGGAACCCAAGAAACGUCACUCUAUCUCUAGCUGCCUCAAGUUCUGGAAGCGGCAUCCAAAAAAAUUACUUUGACUUUAACAGCUUUCGAUCUCCCUGCGACUUGGCCCGUUGUUGAGAACGACGCCUAUCAUUUCCUCUGAGGCGCACGU